AUGAGACUCAUCAUCAGGCCCGAUAGCAGAUCGGCAUCUGCUCAUGUUGCACACUAUAUCCUAGACCGUAUUAGAACUUUUCAGCCAACACAAGAGAAGCCAUUUGUUCUCGGGCUUCCCACAGGGAGCAGUCCGAUCCAGAUCUAUGAAAUCCUAGUCGCAGAGUACAAGGCCGGACGCAUCUCUUUUGAACAUGUGAUUACCUUCAACAUGGACGAGUACGUCGGCCUGCCACAAACGCAUCCCGAGUCGUACCACAGCUUCAUGUUCCGCCACUUCUUCUCGCACGUUGACAUCAAGCCCGAGAACGUUCACAUUCUCGACGGCAACACGUCCGACUUGGACGCCGAGUGCGCCGCUUACGAGGACAAGAUCAAAGCCGCUGGUGGCAUCGAUCUCUUCCUCGGUGGCGUCGGCCCGGAUGGACACAUUGCCUUCAAUGAGCCCGGGUCGAGUCUGGCGUCCCGGACGAGGGUGAAGACGUUGGCGAUGGACACUAUUAGGGCCAACGCCCGCUUCUUUGGGGGCGAUUUGAACAAGGUGCCGCAAAUGGCCCUGACUGUUGGUGUUCAGACCAUCAUGGAGGCGAGAGAAGUAGUGAUUAUCGUGAACGGAGCCAGCAAAUCUAUCGCUCUUCAGAAAGCGAUUGAGGGUGGCGUAAAUCACAUGUGGACACUGUCAUGUUUGCAACUGCACCCCUACUCCAUGAUCGUUGCGGACGAGGACGCAACGUUGGAGUUGCAGGUCAAAACAGUCAAGUACUUCAAGAGCAUCGAAAAAGUCGGACUCGGAAAGGGGUUCGAGCAAAAGCUGCCUUUGAGGUUGAGGACCGUGUCGCUUGUGAGCCCUCCUCAGACACCGCAGACACCGGCUAAUACAAAGGCGGCGUUUGAGGAGGAUCACUUGGUGGAGUUGACGCCAGAUAGCAUGUCAUCUCGCAUCGCAACAUGGCCUGUCAUCUAA